AGUGGGAAGACACCUUGGAUGCCUUCUCGGCCAUCUCCUCUGUGUGCUGAAGGGAAAAGAGCCGCCAUGCAGCCAGCUCAGGCGGGGGUGUCCUUCGAAGAGGUGGCCGUGAUCUUCACCCCGGGGGAGUGGAGCCUGCUGCGCCCGGCCCAGAGAGCUCUGUACAAGGAAGUCAUGCUGGAGAAUUUUGGGAACGUGGCCUCUCUGAGUCCUCUGAUCUGCAAACCUGACCUCAUAUCCUGGCUGGAAGAAGACAAAGAGCUGUUUCUCCUGGGCUGUGAUGGAUUGACAGAAGACGUGUGGCAGUCAGCGAAUGAAGCAGAAGAACACCCAUGGAUGGAAAAGGAGGAUACACCUUCAGAUAUGAAAGAGAAGUUUGGAUAUUUGGAUGCACCAAGGAAGGAGAAGAGGAACAAAUCCAGUCUUUUACAGGGAGAUGACUCUUUACAGCGAAAUAUAUGUCAAGGAGACAAUAGGAAUGAAUGCCGUGCAAGCAGGGAAAAUUCCACUAAAAUAUCAGUAAGUAAUUUUCAACAAAGGAUGUGGAACAGGAAGAAAAUACAUACAUGCUUGGAGUGUGGAAAAAGCUUCGGUAAGCAUUCCAGACUUACUUAUCAUCAAAGAAUUCACACAGGAGAGAAACCAUAUAAGUGCCUGGAGUGUGGGAAAAGCUUCACUGACAGUUCCAAUCUUGCUCGUCACCAAACAAUUCACACAGGGGAGAAACCCUAUAAAUGCCUGGAGUGUGGGAAAAGCUUUGGUCAAGCUUCCCAUCUUACUUCCCAUCGAAGAAUUCACACAGAGGAAAAACCAUACAGAUGCCUGGAGUGUGGGAAAAGUUUUUGUCAAGUUUCCCAACUUACUUCCCAUCAAAGAAUUCACACAGAGAAAAAACCAUAUAGAUGCCUGGAGUGUGGGAAAAGCUUUGGUCAAGCUUCCCAGCUUACUUCCCAUCAAAGAAUGCACACAGAGGAAAAACCAUAUAAAUGUUCCAAGCGUGGAAAAAGCUUCACUGACAGUUCCAGUCUUACAUCCCAUAGAAGAAUUCAUAUACGGGAGGAACCAUAUAAAUGCCCGGAGUGUGGGAAAAGCUUCACUUGCAGUUCCAGUCUUGCUCGCCACCAAACAAUUCACACAGGCGAGAAACCCUAUAAAUGCCUGGAGUGUGGGAAAAGCUUUAGUCAGAGUGGCCAUCUUAGUUCCCAUGAAAGAAUUCACACAGGAGAGAAACCAUAUAAAUGCCUGGAGUGUGGGAAGAGCUUUGGUCGAGCUUCCCUUCUUACUUUCCAUCAAAGAAUUCACACAGGGGAAAAACCAUAUACAUGCCUGGAGUGUGGGAAAAGCUUCACUGUCAGUUCCAGUCUUACUUCCCAUAGAAGAAUUCAUACAGGAGAGAAACCAUAUAAAUGCCCGGUUUGUGGGAAAAGCUUCAAUAAGCGUUCCAAGCUCACUGACCAUCAACGAAUUCACACAGGAGAGAAACCAUAUAAUUGCCUAGAGUGUGGGAAAAGUUUCAGUUGGAGUGAAAGUCUUACUUAUCAUCAAAGAAUUCACACAGGGGAGAAACCCUAUAAAUGCCCGGAGUGUGGGAAAAGCUUCUCUAACAGUUCCAGUCUUGCUUGCCAUCGAAGAAUUCACACAGGGGAGAAACCCUGUAAAUGCCUGGAGUGUGGGAAAAGCUUCACUGACAGUCCCACUCUUGCUUGCCACCGAAGAAUUCAUACAGGGGAGAAACCCUAUAAAUGUCUGGAGUGUGGUAAAAGCUUCACUGACAGUUCCGCUCUUGCUUCCCAUCAAAGAAUUCACACAGGGGAGAAACCAUAUAAAUGCUUUGAGUGUGGGAAAAGCUUCACUCAGAGUUGCAGUCUUCGUUCCCAUGAAAGAAUUCACACAGGGGAGAAACCAUACAAGUGUAUGGAAUGUGGGAAAAGCUUCAGUCAUAGUUCUACUCUUCGUUCCCAUGAAAGAAUUCACACAGGGGAGAAACCAUACAAGUGUAUGGAAUGUGGGAAAAGCUUCAGAAAUAGUUCCACUCUUUCUCACCACCAAAGAAUUCACACAGGGGAGAAACCCUAUAAAUGCCUGCAGUGUGGGAAAAGCUUUGGUCAAGCUUCCCAUCUUACUUCCCAUCAAAGAAUUCACACAGGGGAAAAACCAUAUACAUGCCCGGAGUGUGGGAAAAGCUUCAAUAAGCGUUCCAAGCUCACUGACCAUCAACGAAUUCACACAGGAGAGAAACCAUAUAAUUGCCUAAAGUGUGGGAAAAGUUUCAGUUGGAGUGAAAGUCUUACUUACCAUCAAAGAAUUCACACAGGGGAGAAACCCUAUAACUGCCCGCAGUGUGGGAAAAGCUUCACUAACAGUUCCAGUCUUGCUUGCCAUCGAAGAAUUCACACAGGGGAGAAACCCUGUAAAUGCCUGGAGUGUGGGAAAAGCUUCACUGACAGUGCCACUCUUGCUUGCCACCGAAGAAUUCAUACAGGGGAGAAACCCUAUAAAUGUCUGGAGUGUGGGAAAAGCUUCACUGACAGUUCCGCUCUUGCUUCCCAUCAAAGAAUUCACACAGGGGAGAAACCAUAUAAAUGCUUUGAGUGUGGGAAAAGCUUCACUGUCAGUUCCGCUCUUGCUUCCCAUCAAAGAAUUCACACAGGGGAGAAACCAUAUAAAUGCUUUGAGUGUGGGAAAAGCUUCACUCAGAGUUGCAGUCUUCGUUCCCAUGAAAGAAUUCACACAGGGGAGAAACCAUACAAGUGUAUGGAAUGUGGGGAAAGCUUCCGUUAUAGGUCUACUCUUCGUUCCCAUGAAAGAAUUCACACAGGGGAGAAACCAUGCAAGUGUAUGGAAUGUGGGAAAAGCUUCAGUGAUAGUUCUAGUCUUCAUUCCCAUGAAAAAAUUCACAGAAACUACAAAUGUAUGGAGUGUGGGAAAAGCUUCACUGACAGUUCCAGUCUUUUUUCCCAUUAAAAAAUUCACAUGGGGGAGAAACCAUAUUUAUGCCUGUAGUGUGGGAAAAACUUCAGGCAGAACUCAAGCCUGACCUCCCACCAACAUAUACAUACUAGGGAGAAACCGUAUAAGUGCCUGGAGUGUGGGAAAAGCUUCAGUCGACGUUCCAGUCUUGCUUCCCAUCAAAGAAUUCACACAGGAGAGAAACCAUAUAAAUGCCUGGAGUGUGAAAAAAGUUUCAGGCAAAACUCGAGCUUGACUUACCACCAAAGGAUGCACACAGGUGAGAAACCAUAUACAUGUCUGGAGUGUGGGAAAAUGUUCCAUCAAAGUUCACACCUUAGUAGCCAUCAGAAAAUUCACACAGGGGAGAAAAAAUACAAAUGUAAGGAGUGUGGGAAAAGCUUCAGUCGGAAUAACAGGUUUACUUCUCAUCAAAGAAUUCACACAGGGGAGAGACCAUAAUGCCUGGAGUGAGGGAGAAGCUUCACUGACAGUUCCACUCUUGCUUUCCAUGAAAGAAUUCACACAGGGGAGAAACCAUAUAAAUGCCUGGAGUGUGGAAAGAGCUUCAGGCAAAACUCAAGCUUGACUUACCACCAAAGGAUGCACACAGGUGAGAAACCAUAUACAUGCCUGGAGUGUGGGAAAAGCUUUAGUCGCAGUUCCACUCUUUCUUCCCAUCAAAGAAUUCAUACAGGGAAGAAAAGCUUCAUUGGCAGUUCACAUCUUACUUUUCAUCAAAGAGUCCACACAGGGGAAAAACACUACAAAUGUAUGAAGUUUGGGAGAAGCUUCACUGACAGUUCCACUCUUGCUUCCCAUCAAAGAAUUCACAAGGGGGAGAAACCAUAUAAAUGCCUGGAUGGGAAAAGCUUCAGGCAGAACUCAAGCCUGACUUCCCACCAAAGGAUACACACAGGGGAGAAACCAUAUAAAUGCCUGGAGUGUAGGGAAAGUUUUCGUCACAGUUCCACUCUUUCUUCCCAUCAAAGAGUCCACACGGGAGAAACACUACAAAUAAUGAAAAUAUAUAAAUGCCUGGAGUGUGGGGAAAGCUUCAGUCGCAGUUCCACUCUUACCUCCCACCAAAGAAUUCACACAGGGGAAAAACCGUAUACAUGCCUGGAGUGUGGAAAAAACUUCAGUCAGAGUUCACACCUUAGUGUCCAUCAGAAAAUUCACACAGGGGAAAAACCGUAUACAUGCCUGGAGUGUGGGAAAAGCUUCACUCAGAGUACACACCUUAGUGUCCAUCAGAAAAUUCACACUGGAGAGAAACCCUAUAAAUGCCUGGAGUGUGGGAAAAGCUUCAGUCGCAGUUUCACUCUUACUUCCCAUCGAAGAAUUCACACAGGGGAAAAACCCUAUACAUGCCUGGAGUGCGGAAAAAGCUUCACUAACAGUUUCAGUCUUACCUCCCACCGAAGAAUUCACACAGGGGAAAAACCGUAUACAUGUCUGGAGUGUGGAAAAAGCUUCAGUAAGAGUUCACACCUUAGUGUCCAUCAGAAAACUCACACUGGAGAGAAACCCUAUAAAUGCCUGGAGUGUGGGAAAGGCUUCAGUUGCAGUUCCACUCUUACUUUCCACCAAAGAAUUCACACAGGGGAAAAACCAUAUACAUGCCUGGAGUGUGAGAAAAGCUUCACUCAGAGUUCAUACCUUAGUAUCCAUCAGAAAAUUCACACUGGAGAGAAACCUUAUAAAUGCCUGGAGUGUGGGAAAAGCUUCAGUCGCAGUUCCACUCUUACUUCCCACCGAAGAAUUCAUACAGGGGAAAAACCGUAUACAUGCCUGGAGUGCGGAAAAAGCUUCAGUCACAGUUCACACCUUAGUGUUCAUCAGAAAAUACACACAGGAGAGAAACCCUAUAAAUGUCUGGAGUGUGGGAAAAGCUUCAGUGGCAGUUCCAGUUUUACUUCACACCGAAGAAUUCACACAGGGGAAAAACCGUAUACAUGCCUGGAGUGUGGAAAAAGCUUCACUAAUAGUUUCAGUCUUACUUUCCACCGAAGAAUUCACACAGGGGAAAAACCAUAUACAUGCCUGGACUGUGGAAAAAGCUUCAUUGAAAGUUCCACUCUUACUUCUCACCAAAGAAUUCACACAGGGGAGAAACCAUAUAAAUGCUUCGAGUGUGGGAAAAGCUUCACUCACAACUCUGCUCUUGCUUCCCACCGAAGAAUUCACACCGGGGAGAAACCAUAUACAUGCCUGGAGUGUGGUAAAAGCUUCAGGCAGAAGUCAAACCUGACUUCCCACCAAAGGAUACACACAGGAAUGAAAAUAUAUAAAUGCCUGGAGUGUGGAAAAAGCUUCACUAACAGUUCCACUCUUACUUCCCACCGAAGAAUUCACACAGGGGAAAAACCAUAUACAUGCCUGGAGUGUGGAAAAAGCUUCAAUCGCAGUUCCACUCUUACCUCUCACCGAAGAAUUCACACAGGAGAAAAACCGUAUACAUGCCUGGAGUGUGGAAAAAGCUUCACUGACAGUUCCAAUCUUACUUCCCACUGAAGAAUUCACACAGGGGAAAAACUGUAUACAUGCCUGGAGUGUGGAAAAAGCUUCACUGACAGUUCCAAUCUUACUUCCCACCAAAGAAUUCACACAGGGGAAAAACCCUAUCAAUGCCUGGAUUGUGGGAAAAGCUUCAGUCAGAGUUCACACCUAAGUGUCCAUCAGAAAGUUCACACUGGAGAGAAACCCUAUCAAUGCCUGGAUUGUGGAAAAAGCUUCAGUCAGAGUUCAAAGCUUAGUGUCCAUCAAAACAUUCACACUGGAGAGAAACCCUAUAAAUGCCUGGAUUGUGGGAAAAGCUUCAGUCAGAGUUCGCACCUGAGUGUCCAUCAGAAAAUUCACACUGGAGAGAAACCGUAUAAAUGCCUGGAGUGUGGGAAAAGCUUCAGUUGCAGUUCCACUCUUACUUCCCACAGAAGAAUUCACAGUGGAGAGAAACCCUAUCAAUGCCUGGAGUGUGGGAAAAGCUUCAGUCAGAUUUCUCACCUUAGUGUCCAUCAGAAAAUUCACACUGGAGAGAAACCCUAUAAAUGCCUGGAGUGUGGGAAAAGCUUCAGUUGCAGUUCCACUCUUACUUCCCACAGAAGAAUUCACACUGGAGAGAAACCCUAUCAAUGCCUGGAGUGUGGGAAAAGCUUCACUGUCAGUUCCAGUCUUACUUCCCACCGAAGAAUUCACACGGGGGAAAAACCGUAUACAUGCCUGGAGUGUGGAAAAAGCUUCAAUCGCAGUUCAUACCUUAGUAUCCAUCAGAAAAUUCACACUGGAGAGAAACCCUAUAAAUGCCUGGAGUGUGGGCAAAGCUUCAGUCAGAGUUCUGCUCUUACUACCCACCGAAGAAUUCACACAGGGGAGAAACCGUAUCCAUGCCUGGAGUGUGGGAAAAGCUUCACUAACAUAUCAAUUAUUCCUGUUCAACAAAAGAUGUGCAACAGAGUGAAAAUAUGUAAAUGCUUGGAUUGUGGGAAAAGCUUCAGUCGCAGUUCCACUCUUGCUUCCCAUGAAAGAAUUCACACAGGGAAAAAACCGUAUACAUGCCUGGAGUGUGGAAAAAGCUUCAGUCGGAGUUCACACCUUAGUGCCCAUCAGAAAAUUCACACUGGAGAGAAACCCUAUAAAUGCCUGGAGUGUGGGAAAAGCUUCAGUCGGAGUUCACACCUUAGUUCCCAUCAGAAAAUUCACACUGGAGAGAAACCCUAUAAAUGCCUGGAGUGUGGGAAAAGCUUCAGUCAUUGUUCUGCUCUUACUACCCACCGAAGAAUUCACACAGGGGAAAAACCGUAUACCUGCCUGGAGUGUGGAAAAAGCUUCAAUUGCCGUUCUAACCUUAGUGUCCAUCAGAAAAUUCACACUGGAGAGAAACCCUAUAAAUGCCUGGAGUGUGGGAAAAGCUUCAAUAAGAGUUUUGCUCUUACUACCCACCGAAGAAUUCACACAGGGGAGAAACCGUAUACAUGCCUGGAGUGUGGGAAAAGCUUCAGUCAGAGUUCUUCUCUUACUUCCCACCGAAGAAUUCACACAGGGGAGAAACCGUAUACAUGCCUGGAGUGUGGGAAAAGCUUCACUGACAGUUCCAGUUUCACUUCCCACCGAAGAAUUCACACAGGGGAGAAGCCAUACAAAUGCCUGGAGUGUGGAAGAAGCUUCAGUUACAAUUCAUUCUUUAGUUUCCAUCUGAAAAUUCACACAGGGGAGAAACCAUAUAAAUGCCUAGAUUGUGGGAAAAGCUUCACUCUAAGUUCCACUCUUACUUCUCACCAAAGAAUUCACACAGGGGAGAAACCAUAUAAAUGCUUGGAGUGUGGGAAAAGCUUCACUCAACAUUCUGCUCUUGCUUCCCACCGAAGAAUUCACACAGGGGAGAAACCAUAUACAUGCCUGGAGUGUGCUAAAAGCUUCAGGCAGAAUUCCUCUCUUACUUCUCACCAAAGAAUUCACACAGGGAAAAACCCACAUACAUGCCUGGAAUGUGGGAAAAGCUUCACUCAGAGUUCACACCUUAGUGUCCAUCAGAAAAUUCACACUGGAGAGAAACCCUAUAAAUGCCUGGAUUGUGGGAAAAGCUUCAAUUGCAGUUCCAAUCUUACUUCCCACCGAAGAAUUCACACAGGGGAAAAACCAUAUAAAUGCCUGGAGUGUGGAAAAAGCUUCACUGACAAUUCCAGUCUUACUUCCCACCGAAGAAUUCACACAGGGGAAAAACCAUAUACAUGCCUGGAGUGUGGAAAAAGCUUCACUGCAAGUUCCACUCUUACUUCUCACCAAAGAAUUCACACAGGGGAGAAACCCUAUAAAUGCCUGGAGUGUGGGAAGAGUUUUAUUUGCAGUUAUACUCUUAGUUCUCACCAAAGAAUUCACACAGGGGAGAAACCAUAUAAAUGCCUGGAGUGUGGGAAAAGCUUCAGAAACAGUUUUGCUCUUACUACCCACCGAAGAAUUCACACAGGAGAAAAACCGUAUACAUGCCUGGUUUGUGGUAAAAGCUUCAGUCAGAGUUCACAGCUUAGUGUCCAUCAGAAAAUUCACACUGGAGAGAAACCCUAUAAAUGCCUGGAGUGUGGGAAAAGCUUCAAUUGCAGUUCCAAUCUUACUUCCCACCGAAGAAUUCACACAGGGGAAAAACCAUAUAAAUGCCUGGAGUGUGGAAAAAGCUUCACUGACAAUUCCAGUCUUACUUCCCACCGAAGAAUUCACACAGGGGAAAAACCGUAUAUAUGCCUGGAGUGUGGGAAAAGCUUCAAUUGCAGUUCCAAUCUUACUUCCCACCGAAGAAUUCACACAGGGGAAAAACCGUAUACAUGCCUGGAGUGUGGAAAAAGCUUCACUGAAAGUUCCACUCUUACUUCUCACCAAAGAAUUCACACAGGGGAGAAACCCUAUAAAUGCCUGGAGUGUGGGAAGAGUUUUAGUUGCAGUUACACUCUUAGUUCUCACCAAAGAAUUCACACAGGGGAGAAACCAUAUAAAUGCUUGGAGUGUGGGAGAAGCUUCACUCACAACUCUGCUCUUGCUUCCCACCGAAGAAUUCACACAGGGGAGAAACCAUAUACUUGCCUGGAGUGUGGUAAAAGCUUCAGGCAGAAGUCAAACCUGACUUCCCACCAAAGGAUACACACAGGGGAAAAACCAUAUACAUGCCUGGAGUGUGGGAAAAGCUUCAGUCGCAGUUCCACUCUUGCUUCCCAUGAAAGAAUUCACACAGGGGAAAAACCGUAUAAAUGCCUGGAGUGUGGGAAAAGCUUCAAUCGCAGUUCUAACCUUAGUGUCCAUCAAAAAAUUCACACAGGGGAAAAACCUUAUACAUGCCUGGAUUGUGGUAAAAGCUUCAGUCAGAGUUCACAGCUUAGUGUCCAUCAGAAAAUUCACACUGGAGAGAAACCCUAUAAAUGUCUGGAGUGUGGGAAAAGCUUUAGUAAUAGUUUUGCUCUUACUACCCAUGGAAGAAUUCACACAGGGGAGAAACCGUAUACAUGCCUGGAGUGUGGGAAAAGCUUUACUGAAAGUUCCUCUCUUACUUCUCACCAAAGAAUUCACACAGGGGAAAAACCAUAUACAUGCCUGGAGUGUCGGAAAAGCUUCACUCAGAGUUCACACCUUAGUGUCCAUCAGAAAAUUCACACUGGAGAGAAACCCUAUAAAUGCCUGGAGUGUGGGAAAAGCUUCAGUCGCAGUUCCGCUCUUACUUCCCACCGAAGAAUUCACACAGGGGAGAAACCGUAUACUUGCCUGGAAUGUGGGAAAAGCUUCAAGGACAGUUCCAGUCUUACUUCCCACCGAAGAAUUCACACGGGGGAAAAACCGUAUACAUGCUUGGAGUGUGGAAAAAGCUUCAAUCGCAGUUCACACCUUAGUGUCCAUCAGAAAAUUCACACUGGAGAGAAACCCUAUAAAUGCCUGGAGUGUGGGAAAAGCUUCAGUCAGAGUUCUGCUCUUACUACACACCAAAGAAUUCACACAGGGGAGAAACCGUAUCCAUGCCUGGAGUGUGGGAAAAGCUUCACUGACAGUUCCAGCCUUACUUCUCACCGAAGAAUUCACACAGGGGAGAAACCAUAUAUGUGCCUGGAGUGUGGUAAAAGCUUCAGGCAGAAGUCAAAACUGACUUCCCACCAAAGGAUACACACAGAAACCAUAUAA